AUGCCGGGCAUUAGCUCCGCCGCGCCUCGCUAUGAAAGCUGGGACAUGGACCACCUCGACCACUACCAGCACUACUUCUACGACGACCACGACCCGAAGGAGGAUUUCUUCAAGUCCACGGCGCCCAGCGAGGACAUAUGGAAGAAAUUCGAGCUGGUGCCGACCCCGCCCAUGUCCCCGGUGCGGGCGGUCGAGGGGUCGGGACGGGUCGGGCUGCUGUGCCCGACCCUCGGGGACAAGCUGGAGUGGGUGUCUCAGGUCCUGGGGCAGGAGGACGAGCAGCAGCAGCAGCAGCAGCAGCAGGAGCUGCCCUUCAAGCCGACCGCGACCAACGCCUCCUUCGGGAACCUGAGCUCCAUCAUCAUCCAGGACUGCAUGUGGAGCGGCUUCUCUGCCGGCCAGCAGCUGGAGCGAGUGGUGGCGGAGCGCUGCGCCUCCGGUCCCGGGACGACGGCAGCGGCAGCAGCGGCGGCGACCACCGCGAAAGUCUCCGCCGCGUCCGUAGCCUCCUCCCCGGGGAGGACGCCGUGUGGCCCCGUCGACCCGCCGGCCCUCAGCGGCUUGGCGGCGGACUGUGUGGACCCCGCUGCGGUGCUCACCUUCCCGCUAACCGGGGGAUGCAAGAAACAAGUGUCCUCGGGUUCCGAGUCUCACACCGACUCAUCAGAUGAUGAAGACGACAAGGAUGAGGAUGAAGAGGAGAUUGACGUGGUGACAGUGGAGCACAAGCAGCAGCAGCAAAAACCUCGUCGGCUAGUCAAUACCCGUAAACCCGUGACCAUCACGGUGCGGGCUGACCCCCUUGACCCCGGCAUGAAGCGUUUCCACAUCUCCAUCCACCAACAGCAGCACAACUACGCUGCCCCAUCCCCGGACACUCUCCCCACGCCCCCUGAACCUCCUCGCAAGAGGGUCCGGCAGGAGGCCUCCACACAGGCACCCCAGCCCCACCACAACUCUCACUACCACCAGCCCCGGCCCGGCCACACCCCUCUGAACUUAGACGGCAGAAAGUCUCACGGAACCGCGGCCGGGGCGAGGUCCGAGUCGCCAAACCUCAGCGCCUGCUCUCCUACCUCCUCCAUGUCGCCUUCAUCCCCUCCUUCGUCGUCCUCCUCCUCCUCCUCCCCCCAUCUCCAAUGCUCCCCAUCGAAGCCCCACUUCUUCUCCCAGCCCUCCAGCCCCCAGUCCUCAGACUGUGAGGACACAGACAAGCGCAAGGCGCACAACUUCCUCGAGCGCAAGCGGCGGAACGACCUGCGCUCGCGUUUCCUGUCACUGCGGGACGAGAUCCCGGGCUUGGCGGACUGCCCCAAGACGCCCAAGGUGGCGAUCCUGACGCGAGCCACGGAGUACCUGCAGCAGCUGCACACCAGCGAGAGGCAGAAGACUCAGGAGAGGAAGCAGCUGAAAGCCCGGCAGCUGCAGCUGCUGCAGAGGCUGGCCAAGCUCAAGCGCUCCUGAGUGCCAGGCCGUCACCACACACCUACACUCACAGAACUCAAUGGGACUACAUGAAGGAGAAAAGACACUAAUGUUCACUUUGAGUUUGUCACUUUUGGAAUAGUGCGGGUGGAUGUUUGUUUUUGUUUUGUUUUUUUUCUUCUGUUUUUCUAUUUUUGUGGUUUGCACAUUAGCUACUGAGUGAUUGACAAGGCCACAAGCCGGUCUGAACAGCAAGCUAGGGACUGAACUAAUGAGGAAUCUUUUGGGCGGAUAAUUUCAGUAUAGAUUAGUCAAACUGGUAUGUUUCCCCUUAAUAAAAACGUUCUGUUGCUUGCUACUGAAAGGUCUGCUGUGACAGCUUCUAGUUGAUGAACAACUACAUCUCUGCCGUUUAACUGCUGCAUGGUCUGGUCUGACGUCUCCUCUUCCACUCAAUCUGAAGAGCCCCCUAGAUUUGAUUACCCCUUCAAACUUCUGCUUUGUUAUAUUUUCCAUUUACCAUCAA